UUGGGUCUGAUUUCGGUCGUCCCAUGUACGCACAUCACGGCAUCACCGUUCCCUAGUCCACCACGAGUCUUCAUCGCCAUGCCUGGCUCGUUCUUGACGUCGUCGUGCCUUCUUACUGGGCAUACUGCUCCUCUAUAUAAGCAGCUGGUUCACAUUCUUAAGCUGCAACUUACUCCAUCCUCAGACCGAGAAGAAAGAAAUAACGGCACACCGUACCAUGGCAUCUAUUUCUAAGUUUCUACUUGCACUGUUGUUCAGCUAUCACACCCUCAUUGCUCACGCAGCAGACGAUCGCCGCCACAAGGUUCUGUCCGUUGGCUCUCUGAUGAAGUCUUCCACAGCAUGCUCCGAGCCCAAAGUGACUCCACCAUCCACCGGCGUCACGGUGCCGUUGCACCACCGGUACGACCCAUGCUCGCCUGUACCCUCCAAGAAGGUGCCCACCUUGGAGGAGCGGCUCCGGCGCGACCAGCUUCGAGCCGCCUACAUCAAACGGAAGUUCUCUGGCGCCGGCGACAUCGAGCAAUCGGACGCCGCUACCGUGCCGACCACGCUGGGCACCUCCCUGAGCACGUUGGAGUACGUGAUCACCGUCGGCAUCGGCUCGCCGGCCGUGACCCAGACCAUGUCCAUGGACACCGGCAGCGACGUGUCGUGGGUGCAGUGCAAGCCGUGUUCGCAGUGCCACUCCGAGGUGGACUCGCUCUUCGACCCCAGCUCGUCGAGCACCUACUCGCCCUUCUCCUGCAGCUCCGCCCCCUGCGCGCAGCUCAGCCAGAGCCAGGAGGGGAACGGGUGCAUGAGCUCCCAGUGCCAGUACAUCGUCAACUACGGCGAUAGCUCGAGCACGACCGGGACCUACAGCUCCGACACGCUCACGCUUGGCUCCAGCGCCAUGACGGACUUCCAGUUCGGGUGCAGCCAGUCGGAGUCCGGCGGCUUCAACGACCAAACCGACGGGCUCAUGGGGCUCGGCGGCGGCGCGCAGUCUCUCGCGUCCCAGACGGCGGGGACCUUUGGCACGGCCUUCUCUUACUGCCUCCCGCCAACUUCGGGUUCGUCCGGAUUCCUCACUCUUGGAACGGGAAGUUCGGGUUUCGUGAAGACGCCGAUGCUCAGGAGCACCCAGAUCCCGACCUACUACGUCGUGCUCCUUGAGUCCAUCAAGGUGGGAAGUCAGCAGCUCAACCUACCUACCUCGGUCUUCUCCGCCGGGUCGCUCAUGGACUCCGGUACAAUCAUCACGAGGCUGCCGCCGACGGCCUACUCGGCGCUGUCGUCGGCGUUCAAGGCCGGGAUGCAGCAGUACCCGCCGGCAACGCCCAGCGGCAUCCUCGACACGUGCUUCGACUUCAGUGGCCAGUCCAGCAUCAGCAUACCGACCGUCACACUGGUGUUCUCCGGGGGCGCGGCCGUCGACCUCGCCUUCGACGGGAUCAUGCUGGAGAUCAGCAGCAGCAUCCGCUGCCUCGCCUUCACGCCCAACGGGGACGACAGCUCCCUCGGCAUCAUCGGCAACGUGCAACAGCGGACGUUCGAGGUGCUGUACGACGUCGGCGGUGGCGCUGUCGGGUUCAAGGCUGGGGCUUGCUGAUCGGCAGGCGCCAGCCGCCAACAAGGACACACUGACGUCAUGGGGUUCACGAGUUUUUGUUGGCUGCGAGGUAGGAGUAAACAGACACGAAAGGGAGGCCAUUACCUAUAGUACUUCAAUUUUGAUUGUUUUUGUGCUUGCAAACCAUGCAAGUGUGCAAUAUAAUUGUAAUUUUAUCCUCAAAUUUAUGAAUACACAAUAAUAAUAUAAUAAGUUGCUUUCACAAUGUUUUUUCA